AUGACACAAGAUGCAGAUCAGGACGUUAUCAAUCCCAAGACCUCUCACUGCAACAUCAUGGUGCUCAGUAGUUCUAGCGAAUCAGGACACUAUCAUUAUGCCAAGGUAUUAGGAAUCCACCACGUCAACACUGUUGUUGUUAGAGGUUCCUACCAGACUCCCCAUCGAAUGGAGUUUCUAUUUGUACACUGGUAUGAGGCUGCAGAUGCUGAUAGUUGCAGGACGGCUUUGGAUUGCAUUUGUUUUUCAUUAUUGGAUAGCGAAGACACUUUUGGUUUCCUGAAUCCAGCAGAUGUCCUCAGAGCUAGUCACAUAAUUCCUCACUUCUCUAAAGGAUUGCGUCACACAGAUGGCAGAGGAUUGUCUGGCAUGGCUAGAGACAAAGGUAACUGGCAAGAAUACUUCAUUAACUGGGACAUGCUGAUGCACUUUCAUUUUGGUCUGGGGGUAGGCCAUGUCUAUUCUCAUCAGGACAUGCUGCCUGUGGGUUCUCCUUCCAAUGUUUCUGGUCCCCAGGAGAUCACUUUUGAUGGUAGAGAGGGUGACGAAAAUGAGGAGAUCAACAGUGAAAACUCUGAGUAUGAGCAUACUGGCAUUGAGGAAGAAGUUCUGUUCGAUCAGGAGCAAAAUGGAAGUACCGCAUCUAUUAUCGAGGAGCUAGAUAACAUGUUUACCAUUGAACAUGAGUUAGAUUACGAACCCUGA